AUGGUGCUCACACUCGUCUAUCCUGAUUCUCCGAUGGGAAAUGGUCGUCAAAUCCCACUUGCUGGUAUAGACAUGGUCCUAGGAGCGAUCGACAACGUCUUUGUCUAUCCUUUCCUUGAUAUCGAUCGAUUACAGAAGGCACUCAGCCAAACGAUCUCUCGUUGGUCAAUCAUCGCAGGUCGUCUUCAUAUUGUCGACAAGGAACAUUAUUCAAUUGAACUUUCGGACAAUCCUAUUCCAUUUACUUAUAUCGAAAAUAAUGAACUUGAACGAUGGCCUCUUCUGCCUGUUGUUGUUGAUGAUCCGACAAUACUUCAACCAUUUGUCGAUUCCGUUCCAAGCGAGCCUGCUCGAGACGAUCCACUUGUUCGAUUCAAAGUUACUCGUCUAAUUCGUAGCAAUGAAUACGUACUUGGUGUAUCCUUUUAUCAUAUGCUUGGUGAUGCAGAUUCCAACAUUCACUUUCUAACUGAUCUAUCUCGUCUUUAUCAAAAUCUUGAGCCCUUACCACCAAGACCUAUAUUCGAACGGCAUUUGUGGAUCAAGAAAGAUGCUCCUCUCGCUAUCGAUACGUCUCUUAUGCCUCUCUUGAAACAAUUGCAAGAUGCUCAAGACAGAAACAUCAUUAUGGCAGGUGUUCUUCAGGAACACGCAACGACAGAUCCAUGCCAUAUGUCCUUCUCGUCAGAGCAACUGACAAAACUAUGUGCUGUUGCUGGACAAGGAAAUAAAGAUAUCACCAUUCAAGAUGCGCUUACCGCUUAUCUUGUGGUGACAUUAAACAAACAUGUCUUCGACUCGGACAAGGAACAGAUACAAAGGGCAAACAUUCUAAUUAAUUAUCGAGGCAUAUCUGAUACACUUGCUCCACAUGGUCAGGUCGAUAAUUCGAUCAUGUUCAUGUUAUCUGAUGACUUUACUAAUUCACUUUCGUUACAAAGUGUUGCUACAACCAUACGAGCAUCGAUUAUUAAGGCUCGCAACGAAGAUUUCCUCACCAGAUGGCUUGUGACCAUCGAUCUACUCAUGAGAAGAAUACACAAAGAAGGUCAAGCAUGGAAUUUUGCAUCUUAUCCAAAUGAAGUUUGGAUCAAUUCAAAUUUGAAAUAUGAUUGGGCAAGCAAAGUCGAUUUCGGCAUGACAAAUCAGUGUCGAUUUCAUACGGCUGGCAUAAUGAAAUACAAAUUUCGUGUUUUCCGAUUGAAUCCCGUACAUAAUACAGAUGGAAGCUGGACUAGAGAUUAUGGUGGAGCUGAGUUAUCUUUUCGGAUUCCCAAGGAAAAUAUCAAGAACAAAUUCACUCUAGCAUGGAAUCAGGAUGUGAAAGAGAAUUUUGCGAAUGUGAAAUGA